AUGGCGACAGCAACAGAAACAGUGGUUAAGAGCAGUAGACCUCCCAUCCUCCCCAAGGAUUUCUCCGCACAGCAACCAGAGAAAAUUCGCCUAUACCCGCUGUCCAACUACACGUUCGGCACGAAAGAGACGCAGCCGGAAGAAGACCCCUCCGUCCUAGCCCGGUUAAAACGUCUAGAAGAACAUUAUGAGAUCCACGGCAUGCGGCGCACCUGCGAAGGUAUCCUCGUCUGCCACGAACACAAUCACCCACACGUCCUGAUGUUGCAAAUCGCCAAUGCAUUCUUCAAACUACCGGGCGAUUAUCUCCACCACGAAGACGAGGAACUCAACGGAUUCAAGAAACGACUGAACGAACGCCUGGCACCAGUAGGCUCGCAAUUCUCUGGCGAAGGCGUGAACGAGGACUGGGAGAUUGGCGACACCCUUGCGCAGUGGUGGCGGCCCAAUUUCGAGACCUUCAUGUACCCGUUCCUACCGGGGCAUGUUACUCGGCCUAAGGAGUGCAAGAAAUUGUACUUUAUUCAGUUACCCAAGAAGAAGGUCCUCUCCGUGCCGAAGAAUAUGAAACUGCUCGCCGUGCCACUGUUCGAGCUAUACGACAACACCGCGCGUUAUGGACCGCAACUCUCCGCAAUCCCGCACCUCCUCUCCCGAUACAACUUUGAGUUUGUGGACGAGAAUGACAACGUCGUAGCUAUGACUCCGGGCACGCCAGUGGACGGCCAGAUUCCCCGCACCAAGGUGCUGGCGGGCGAAGAGCAAGAGCAAGAUACAGGGAUGACGGAUGUGAAGGAAGAGGGGGGAGGGGAAUGA